GUGGCGUCCUUUCAGUUUCAACGACGAGUCGGUGAUAAUGAAAUACUGGUCCAGCAGCUUAUACGUGCAUUUUGACAUAUGUUGAUGGUGGUUCAUUUGAUAUGCCAGUAGACUGCCUUCACUGAUGGACUGCGGAACCCCAACAAGCCCCUCGAGCAGAUUCGUGUGCCCAAACGACAGGCAGCUAGCCUUGCGUGCGAAAUUGAAGACGGGAUGGAGCAUCAAGACCGGCUCUCUGGGGUAUCAGACCCCAUCGACCUCCAAUCAACCCUUGUUACCAGAAGAACAAGAGGCGAUCGUCGCAGUCAUCAAGAGGGCCGAGGAACUCGAUCAGAUGGAACAGGAAAGGGUUGGAAACCUCAUACAAAGACUGGAAAACAUGAGACGCAAAGUGAUGGGACGCAAUCCUUCGCAGUGUCUACUCUGUGCAGAUGGUUUUGGAAUCCUCAAGUCGCAUAAGUUGGUCUGCAUGGAUUGCAAGAAACCGGUGUGCCAUAAGUGCGCUAUCAACUCUUGUCCAUUCAAACAUUGUCCGAAAGAACACUGGCUCUGUAUGAUCUGUGCUGAGGUCAGAGAACUAUGGAAAAAAUCCGGGGCUUGGUUCUUCAAGAGCAUCCCCAAAUACGUACUUCCAAACCAGAACAAUGGAUUGAACAAAACCAACACCAGAUCGCUGAGGGAUGACGACAGCAGCAGCGACGAGGACUGGAAGAUCAGAAAGAGGAACCAGAGGAGGCACUCUAGCUCUGAAAGCCCGAAUGACGCGAAGGAGCAGCGUUCGUCAAACCCCCCUUCAGUAUCCAGUCAACCGAACAGUGCCAGUCCUUGCAGUUCCACCCAUUCCAAGAUGCCAGAUUUCCUGAAACCCUAUCCAAACAUAGCCGCAACCUUCGACUCCAACAGUAGCAACGACGCUAAGACAGAUGGUAAGGCCGAAACUCUGGAAAACGCUAAGAGGGGCCUUAUGUGCAGCAGAAGCUUGACAGAUUGGCCUUGGAGUGACAGCAGAAGCGAGGGAAGAGUAUCCCCGAGCACUUGCAGUGCCAGCAGUGUGAAUUUUAAGAGUACGAGCGAAGAAACAAGAGAAGCCAAACCUGUCAUCGAUCUCUCUCUGGGAACAAUGGACCUUGCAUUCAAUUACGAUCCUGUCAAUUCCACGUUCCAGGUCACCGUUUUCAGGGCCAAAAAUCUGACACCAAUGGAUAUGAAUGGCCUAGCAGACCCUUACUGCAAACUCAACAUCUUACCAUCCACGAAAAAAGAUACGAGACUGCGCACAAGAACGAUCCACAAAACUAGAAACCCCGAAUUCAACGAAAACCUGACUUUCUACGAUAUUUCCGAAGACGACCUAAUGAAGAAGAGUCUCCACAUAAUAGUGGUCGACGAAGACAAGUAUGGACACGACUUCAUGGGGGAGACAAGAAUUAAUCUUGCGAAGCUGAAGGUCCAAAACAAUAUAUAUUAUAAAUGGUUUCAGCUGACAAUAGCCCUAGAGAACAACAAUUUCCAACAAAGGGGGCCUCUUCCUGGACCAGAAUUAUCCCAAUGGUUCGACGACAUGUGGUCCAGGGGACAAAUACUGCUCUCCCUCUGCUACAGUACAAGGAGGAGGUCUCUUCUGGUGACUGUGAUCGAAUGCGCCAAUCUUCUGCCUAUGGAUAACAACGGGUUUUCAGAUCCUUUCGUUAAACUUCAGCUGCGACCAGACCCUCACCGCAAGAAGCACAAGACUACGGUGAAAUGGAAGGAGCUGAACCCCGUUUGGAACGAACAGUUCGCCUUCGAGACUCGUCCAACAGAGCUUUGCACCCAGAGUCUCUACAUCACUGUCUACGACAAGGACUACGGAAAGAGCAACGACUACCUCGGCGGUUUGGUCUUGGGAGGCCUUGGAUCGAAGGGACAACGUCUCAAGCACUGGUUGGACAUGAUCAAGUACCCUGAUCACCAUCACAAGUGCUGGCACAACCUCAGCGAGGAAAAUGUCAAAUGAGAGGUUCGGUUGGAGGGGACAACAAUUUUUACCGAUUAGUAUGGUAGCGUAGGAUUAGUCUGAAUGAACAAAAACGUUGUCUUCUGGGUUGUUUCUGCUUUAUGUGACUUCUUCGGGUUGUGAACAUGCUCAAUUCUUCCAGUAGAUGUAGCGAGCUCAUAUUUUUGUCGGUUCAUUUCAAAACACGCACAAGUUUCGUGUUAAGCUUUCCUUCCUUUAUUGCUUGGUUUUCAAGAUUGAAUAAAAACGAAAUAUUUUAGAUUGAUGAUCUAAAGAAUGCACAUUGGUGCAUGUGAAGAACUGAAACUGGGCUAUUGAAUUCAUUUCAUAACAUCAUUUUUAACUUCAGUACACACUGAUUGUGUAACAAAUUACACGAAUCAUAACUAAACUGCCUCAUGAAAACUCUUCACAUCUUUCCACCUGAAUAUAUGAUAAUAAUAAAGUUGUUUAAUACAAAUAUGUGGAGUUACAGGUUGCAGAUACUAUUUAUUUUGUUAUUAGAGGAAAUAGUUAUCGCUUGAAGCGUGCAGUGCAUAUUCAGAUGGUGAUAAAUUGCA